CUAUCCCUUCUGUUACUCUCUGUUACUAUCACGCAUCCCCAUCCCAUUCCCACCACAGCCCAUCGCAGCCUCACAUGCCUCCCCACUCAAGGACGCUCAGCUCGGUCGCGGCGGAAAUGACUCGUGAUAACAGUUAAAGGAGGUCUAAAGCAAGGUGCUGUGUUACAUUUACUCAGUCUUUUGAAUUGCUCUGGUCUCUUGUAGGAAGUGUUUUCAAAGACCACAGAUAUGAUUUUUUUUUUCCCCAUGAGAGGGGCACUGGCCAAGGGCAACAAAAUAGAUAGCCCAUAGUCGUAUCAUUUCCUUCGCUAUUUUUCCCUCAUCGUGCAAUUUUUUUUUUUUUUUUUUUUUACGGAAGAAAAAAUUCUGGCGUUCUGCGGUGGUGCUGUUAAAAUCGAAAGCAUAUUUGAAGGAUAAGAAAAAGAUAGCCUUUAUUUGUACCAUUUCAUAUAUUCCCAUUUUCACGAAGAUAUCACCGGCUUCUGGCGAAUGGUGGCAAAGAUGAAGCAAGUGGCGGGCACGGUGCUGUGGUGGUGCGUGGCGGUCGUGGAGGCGGGCACAGAGGCGACAGGUGAGGUGGCUCACGUGACGGAUCUCAUCAACACCUUGUACGACCUGUCUCCCGUGCACAAGCUGCCCACGUGGGAGUCCCCGCUCACCAUAUUCGGCGUGAGGGCGGAGGGCGAUGUUGACAUAGUCUUCCUGCAUCCCUCCAGCCGCGCCAACGUGACAAUAUCCAUCCAGAUGUCCAGGUUUUCAGGGGAGACUCAGCUGACGAAUUACUGGCAGAGUCCCAACGGCAGUGAGACUGUGGUGAGCAGGGACGUGGUGUACCUCAGUCCGCACACCUUCACCUGGUUCACAGUGUUCAGGAGGGACAGCUUCAUCGCCCUCUAUAUGGAGAAAGAGGUGCGGCUCAUCCUAGCCUACACGCAGGAAAAGGGCACGAAGCUCAACUUCCUGGACUACACUGAUUUUAGAGUGCAGUCUUACUACGAUGCCGUGUGGGACUUCCUGGGCUACCAGUACCCGGGCCUGGGCAAGGGUCCGGGCUACGUGGAGGUGGUGAAGGAGGUGCAGGCCGCCGCCAAGGGUCUCAUCCAUAGGCUACUAAUGCUUGAACAAGUCCUCGAUGCCAAGCCCCUCGAUAGAAUGCCACAGACAACUAAAAAAAUUUUCCUCACACACCUGCAAAGAACGGAAGCCUUCAUGUUCUUGUGCAGGUUUUAUGGAAUUAACUUUGUCAAGCACGUAAAGUUUUUCCUUGGAAGAGACUGAAGGCUGCCUUUAAGGAGAUGCAUGAGAAGUGAGGGUACAGACAGCGCCAGUCUGUCACGGCAGAGAAGAGACAGGGAGACGAGUAGCUAAGCAAAGCAAGCAAGAGGAGCUUCAACCAUGACUAAACCCCGAGACUGAUGACUCAUGUGUGAGAAUUUUGUAGAGAAAAGUGAUUUUAAAUACUUUGAAUUCUCUCUCUCUCUCUCUCUCUCUCUCUCUCUCUCUCUCUCUCUCUCUCUCUCUCUCUCUCUCUCUCUCUCUCUCUCUCUCUCUUCAAUAAGUACUUGUAGAUAAAUCCUGUUUAUUUCGGAUCUGACAGAGAGGAAUAACUAGUGUAAGAAGUUUUAUGAAGGCAUUUCCAUUGAUAAUAUAAACGACUCUUAUAGUUAUUGGCAUUUCUCCCUUCAUGCCACAGAUGUGACGUCACCGGCAGCCAUCUUUAAAAUGACGCCAGCUGAAGGCCUGGAGCUCAUUAAAGAUGGCGGAUUGACGGUUCAGUGAACAUUAGAAUGCAUCACUGCAUCACCUGCAAGUCAAUUAUCUGCCUCAUGACCAGUUUGGUUUCAGGAGUGAGAGAUGAACAGAGGACCAUCUCUUAGUGGCAGACAAUACCAUCACCACAUGGACACUGAUACAUACCUCUGAUGUAGCAUCAGCAGCUUGAGGGAAUGAAGGGAGGGCUGGUGGCCAAGAUUAGCGGAGAAGGAAGGAUGAAGAAACAGAUGGGCAGCAGAGUGGAAGAAAAGAUGCACCUGAGCAUCACCUCACUGUGAACACCAGCAACACUUCCCUCUGCCACACACCACACUGACAACUUCAGCUGUGAAUGUGUCUGCCAGCAACUCAGAAGUGACCUGCUGCUGUGCUCUGCCACGCUCUACCAGUUCCCUUGUCUCUAUUAGCUGGGCCUGCACGUCCACUACCAAAUCCUGCCGGUUUCCUAUCAAACUCUCAGCCUCUGUCUUGAUCCGUUCAGCCUCUUGAGACAGUGAGGUUGCUGCAUGAAAGAAAGGCACAGUCAAAGACCACCAAGGAUACAAUCAUAAGAAAUAUGGUUUAGUGCAGCUGUGCUAGGACUCACCAUCAGCUUUGAGUGCAGCAGCAUCAAUGGGAGGGAUGGCAAUGCUGGAAGCAUCAGUGGAUAUUGCCAAGGCCUCCAGGGAAAGCCUACUGGUGCAUUAGGUCUGGAAAACGUGCAUUAAGCGAGCAAAAAUGGGAAUCAAUGAGGGGAGGUUUUUCCCCAUUGUGUUGUUUUCUUGCCUAAAAGCUUACAGUCCUAUUCAGGAAGAUACCAGCAUUGUCCAAGGUGAAUCAAAAGGAAAGAAAAUACCUACUCUAAAGAACAGACAUCACUUCUUGUACUUCCCUGCUGCUGGAAAUUUUAAUAUCCUGGGCUACAGGAAUUAUCCACUAGUCAGAACCUGAUCCACAUCAUCAUGUGCACAUGCCCUGCACUGCAUGGCCUCACCCUGAGUGCCUCCUGGGCCCGCUGGAUGAUGCCCUCGGCCUGUGUGAUGUUGAACUUCCCUUGGACAGCCAAGUCUGAACCCAGCCCAAUGGCAGUCCUGAUCUCUUUCAGCAAUUUCACCACAGUUCCAAUGCGCUCCUCCAGCUCCUCAAUGUGCUUGGCCACUGUCUUGUCCCCUGGAAAGUAUUAUCAGAUAACAACCACCCAACCACUCAACUUUGUCAUUUCUAAAAGUAAACAAAAGUGAGAUGAGAAUAUAAUUUUUUAAAUACUCUGGAUUAUGUUCCUUUUCAGAUUCUGUAAUACAUAGGCAGAUCAACUUACGACUGGACUUCUUUUUAGACUGGAAAUAUCAAAUACAGUAAUUGAUCCAGUAUCCAUCCUUCCAUCCUAAUUUGUGCAGGGCAUGUCUGGAUGUUGCAUGUCCAAUUAAUUCUCAUCAUUUAUGGGACAUCAGUACAGGAAAUGGUUUUGUGCAGUAUUAUAUGCAUGUACAACAAAUUCUUAGUUAUGUUACUUCCAAAACAUUUCUGCCACAAGUGCUUAUU